AUGGGUGUUCCCAAAUUUUUCAGAUGGUUCAGCGAGCGGUACCCAGCCAUAUCGCAGCUUAUCGCAGAGAACCGUAUCCCAGAGUUCGACUGUCUCUAUCUGGACAUGAACGGCAUCAUCCACAAUUGUACUCAUAAAGAUUCAGACUCGCCCACCUUCCGCAUGACGGAGGACAAGAUGUUCAUUGCGAUUUUCAACUACAUAGAGCAUCUUUUCGGAAAGAUCAAGCCCCAAAAGCUCUUCUUCAUGGCAAUUGAUGGGGUAGCACCCAGAGCCAAGAUGAAUCAGCAACGCGCUCGUCGAUUUCGCACCGCCCUUGACGCCGAGAAAGCCCGUGAAAAGGCUAUCAAGGAAGGCUUGGAGAUGCCGAAAGACGACCCUUUCGACAGCAAUUGUAUCACCCCGGGAACAGACUUCAUGGCGAAUCUCACCAAGCAGUUAAAGUACUUCAUCAGCAAAAAGGUCUCCGAGGACGUUGAUUGGCAGGGUGUCGAAAUUGUCUUAUCAGGCCAUGAAGUUCCCGGCGAAGGUGAACACAAAAUCAUGGAAUACAUUCGACAAGCCAAGGCGCAGCCAGGUUACGACCCCAACGUCCGCCAUUGCUUGUAUGGACUGGAUGCGGAUCUCAUCAUGUUAGGUCUCCUCAGUCAUGACCCACAUUUCUGCUUGCUCCGAGAAGAGGUGACUUUCGGUAGACAAGCAAGCAAGAAGUCAAAAGAGCUGGAGCAUCAGAAUUUCUAUCUCUUGCAUCUAUGCAUUGUCAGAGAAUAUCUAGAGCUGGAAUUCCAGGAAUCAGAGCGGGAAGGGGCUCUCAGUUUUCCCUUCGACAUGGAACGAGUUAUUGACGACUUUAUUCUCAUGGCUUUCUUUGUUGGCAAUGAUUUUCUUCCUAACCUUCCGAACUUACACAUUAACGAAGGGGCGCUGGCGCUCAUGUUUCAAAAGUACAAAGAGGUCCUCCCAAAACUGGGCGGUUACAUCAACGAGCAUGGAGUCAUCAAUCUGAAGCGGCUGGGAAUUCUCCUAGACGCCUUGUCCGAUGUUGAGUAUCGCUUUUUCGAGGCAGAAUAUCAAGAUGCGAAGUGGAUCAAUGCGAAGCGACAUGGGCACGAAAAUGGUCACACCGGAGAGGAAUCCGUCAGACCAUCCCGUGGCCCUGUCAGAAUUUCACCGGAGCAGAAGAAGUUAUUCAAGCAGGUGAAGAAAUAUUUCAUCGCCCCAGCCAACAGAGAUUCCGCGACUAGAACGCCACUCAAGCUCCCCCCGACUCUUCCAGCGAGAGAUCGUAAGUUCAUUGAGCAGCUCGCAACCGAUUUGAAUCUGCAAUGGUCCACCCAGGAGGACGAUGAUGGCAAUCGUUUCAUUCAAGUCGAAUUCCCAUCUUCAGGCAAGAACGAGGAUUCAGACGAAGAUGAGGAAGCCCAGCUAGCCGUUACUCGGGUUCUCAAGCGAUACGAAAAUGCUCGAGUUGAAGAUGCUGUUGAUGAGCAGACUCAGCAAGACAUGAAAACCAAGUACGAUGCCAAGUUUCAAGAGUGGAAAGACAAGUACUAUCGGGAGAAGUUCGCCUGGGGUCUUGAUGAUGAGGAGGCCCUCAGAAAACUGACCGAGAACUAUGUGCAAGGUCUGCAGUGGGUGCUCUUUUAUUACUACCGUGGCAUCGCGUCUUGGCCAUGGUUCUAUCAAUAUCAUUAUUCGCCGAUGAUCUCCGACGUCAAGAAAGGCUUGGGUGCGGACAUGAACUUCCAGCUUGGUCAGCCUUUCCGACCGUUCCAACAACUCAUGGGAGUGUUGCCUGAUCGAAGCAAAAAGAUCGUCCCCCAGGUUUACCACGAAUUGAUGACCUCGAAGGAUUCUCCCAUCAUCGACUUCUAUCCUCGAGAUUUCGAGCUUGACAUGAAUGGCAAGAAGAUGGAGUGGGAAGCUGUGGUCAAAAUUCCCUUCAUCGAUGAGAAGAGAUUACUCGGUGCCAUGGCUCCAAAAGAUGCUCUUCUUUCCGAAGAAGAACGUAUUCGCAAUGAUUUUGGUGUCAGCCUGAAAUUCGCCUAUGCCCCGGAGGUCGACUACACUUACCCAUCCUCUCUGGUUGGCAUCUUCCCCGAUCUUCCUCAUUGCCAUUGCAUCCAAAAUGAGUUCGACCUCCCCACCAUGGAAGGCUUGGACCCGUAUGUCGGCCUGGUGGACGGUGUGAAACUCGGAGCGGCCGCUCUGGCCGGUUUCCCGAGUCUGAAAACUUUACCGUUCACAGGGUCACUAGGGUUCCAUGGUGUCAACGUUUUCCAACAGGACAGUCGAAAUGAGAGCAUGAUCGUGACCCUGUUGGAUACGGAGACGCGAACAAAAGUGGAGUUCGCCAAACAACUCCUCAACCAACGUGUAUUUGUUGGAUAUCCGUUCUUGCAGGAAGCAAAGAUAGUCAAGGUGUCGGACGAACUUUUCGACUACACUAGUCCAGAGCAUGCAGCCCAGGGUGUCAGGUCAACUGAACAUUCUGGAAAUGAGAUUGAUCAAUUCCACAAGAAGGCAGAGCGGGUUGAGAAAUGGUACAGCAAGAGACUCGGGAUGUUAAUUGGUGACGUCGAAUCGUUGGUGCAUGUUGAAAUGCUCAAGGGGCUCAAGAAACUGGAUGAUGGCUCUACGGUCAAGGAAUAUGCCGAGCUUCCAGGGUUGGAGACCGUACAUCCUACGCAACUUGUUGUUGAGAGUGUCAUCAGCGAGGACGUGCGUUUCAUAGAGAAAGCAGCAGUGCCGAUUGAGGAAGAGUUCCCCGACGGUACGAACGCAUUCUUUCUUGGCGAUUACGCAUAUGGGAUGCCUGUCAGCGUGGUUGGACAUGAGGACGGAAAAGCGAAAUGUUUGAUCGCUUUUUCCAAGGCACGACAGGCCGAAUUCGGGCGCGAGAUUGCCCGACAAGCAGAGAGGUUGUCUCCGUACACACCCUCUUAUCAAGUUGCCCGAAGUCUCAACUUGAAUGCGUUGGUACUGGCCAAGAUUACGUCGUCUUUCUCCAUCAGAGUCGACGAUCAGCGAGUCAACCUUGGGCUCAACCUCAAAUUCGAAGCCAAAAAGCUCAAGGUGUUGGGCUAUUCCCGGAAGACCGGGACUGGGUGGGAGUUCAGUCAAGCAGCGGUCGAACUGAUCCAGCAGUACAUGAUUAAAUUCCCGCAGUUUAUUGCGGCAGUUCACAAUAACGCUCAAGGAGACAUGUUGCCAGCGACCGCCUACUUCCCCGGUUGUGACGAGAAAGAGGCCAAGGCCAAGGUCAAGGAAAUCCAAGCCUGGCUCAAGGAGAUCGAGUCAAAGAAUUUCGAAAGAGUUCCGCUGGAAGCAGAGCAGCUCGAUUCCGAGAUUGUCAAGCGCAUUGAACAAGCAGCUGAUGAGGCAUUGCGGAGUGAGCCGCCUCCGCAGAACAAAACCAUUGGGGGUGUACCUCGAAAUGCGCUUUUAAAGCCUUCAGACGCACAGUGGCGGUUAGGUAAUCAGAGAUUUGCCCUCGGAGACAGAGUCAUUUAUGUGGCCGACUCGGGCAAAGUUCCGAUUGCGUCCAAAGGCACCGUGGUCGGGCUGACGCAGACCACAAGGGAGACGUUGUUGGAUAUUGUUUUCGACGUGUCUUUCAUGAGUGGCACUUCAUUGGGCGACCGUUGUUCACCAUUCCGAGGAUCCACGGUUCCAACAUGGUCGGUUCUCAACCUCAGUAGCCGACAGGUCGUUGCUUCGUCCAAAGCGAGCACGAAUCGACAGCCAAAUGGGGCAGGAUCAACUCCUCUUACCGUGCUCGGUUACGGUCAACCAGGUAUCAAUGGAAGGGGGCAACUACGUCCAGCACAGGCGCCAGCAGCAUUGAGAGGGUCGUGGCGCGGAGCUGUAAGCGGGCAAGCUCCAAGCGGUCGUGGAGCAGCGAACGGUAACACUGGUCGUGGCCAGUCCACCGUCCCUAUUCGGAGCUACUCUGCUUCACCCGCCAACGGACAUCGUGGAAAUGCAGCGAACAAUCCAUUUGGUCAAGGUCGCGGCGGCCGUGGUACCCCGAUUCAACCCAGUCGAUAUGCAUCAGUCGAUCGAGGCGACUCUCAGGCGGGUGUGAUCCAAAACAACCCCAACUUCCAUCCAAAGGCUCACAACAAUGUGCCUCCGCCCGCGAAUCUGAAUAAUGCAUCCACGCCACGUGGCCGUGGUCGAGGCAGAGGAGGAGGGCAGAAAGGGGGACGAGGCGCACCCCGUGGCGGGGGUUCUUGA